AUGGAAACAAAACGAAUAUUGCAAAAUAAAUAUGGUGCAGCGCGUGUAACCUAUUUCUAAGUAAUUUUUAUAUCAGAACGUUAGAAAAAAGUGGUAGCCUGAACUAUAAUGUGCUUAUAUUGUUGUGUUGCAAAUUGCAUUUCAUUUAAACUUUCUCUAUAUUUAUUCUAUUUAAAUAUAGUUUUAUGAAAAUAAAGAAAUUAAAACAAUAUCCCUGUAAUGACCUUUAUAUUAACCAACAUAAAUAUGUUGUUUCUAUUUUAGAUCAAAGGAUUAAAUAUCAAUGACGUGCCGAUGACAGAUUCAACAACACAAGCCCUUCUUCCUCAUCUUGAUGUGAUGGAUAAGCUUGGUUUGGUAUCUGAGUCCGAUGACAUGAAUCUGAACCCCUACAUGGAAGAUAUAUCCAGGAAAAUAAUGGAUCGGCAAAACAAAAUACAAAUAUGGAUGGAGGGUCCUGCAGUCGAACGUGUGAGACCAUUAUUCCAAUGUCUUGAUAAAAUAUCGAAACUAUGUCUUGAUAUGAAAUAUCUUACAAGUGAAGAUCGUCAAUUGUUGGAAGAAGCAAUCCAACGAUUACACUCUCCACAGGAUUUUGUCUUGGAGGAAAUAGUUGAUGAAGACACUGAUAAUGAUCAGUAUUUGGCUCAGUAUUUAAACUUUUGGAACCAAUGACUUGAUUUUUAUAUUUUCCACUAUUUUUUACUUUUUUUAUCAUAAGAACACAUUAAAAAUAUUUAAAAAUAAAGAACCAAUGACUUGAUUUUACAUUUCCUUCUAUUUUAAAAAUACAUAAAGAAUAUUUAAAGACAAAUGUUGAGAAAAUCCUGAUGACAUGAACAUUAUUUCAAACAAAACCAUGAAAUAUAAAUAUUGUUGCGAAUUCCAACAUUUUAAUUUCAUUCCUCCCAUAAAGUAACAAACUUCACUGAGCAGCAUAUUUGUUUAUACCAACAUAAGAUAUCAACGCACAUCUAUGAUAGAAAACCAUGAAACAUCAUGUGUGCAACAAAAUAUGUGUCUAAUUAUCAAUGUGCACAUGAACAUUCCAUUCACCCCUCUGCAUUCACUCUUGCAAAAUCUAUUCACCCAGUUAAGAAUACUGUUGUAUAUUAAGAUCAUAGUGACCACUGAGUUGUUCAUUAAGUUUUAAAACUGAUGAAAGAAAUGAUUUAUUUUUAUUUUCCCUCGAUUCAAUGUUUAACCAUCCAUUGUUUUGUUUGAUGAUGUCAUAAUCACCAUUAUAUCACAUGAUUAUGUAUCAACAAUCACAUUGUGAUGGAACAAAAACGACUUUGAAUAAUUUGCGCUCUCUCUUUUGUUGUUUUAUUGCCACGUUACUCAGUUUCCUUGUGUUGCUUUGCCAGUUGUACUGUAGUUAAGUUAGUGUAUGCGUUUAGUUUGUCUUUAAUUACUUUAACAGUUUGUUUUCAUGUAGGAUUAUCAAACUAUGUAGUUACAUAAAAAGUUCGUUUAAGUCUUGUUUAAUAAAUCAGCAACUGAUCGUUUCAUCUACUCCCGCUAAAGUUCAAUUAUUUAGUUCAUGUUAGGUUUAUUUUUGAUAAAACUUAUAAUGAAUAUUAUGUUUGUAGCGAGUUAACCACUGUUAUUAAAUUCCCGUGCUUACCGUAUAAUAUUUCAUAUGAAUUCCCUUGUAUUUAGAUGUGUUUGUAGCAGCUUAAUUACUUGCACCAAUAUUCUAUUUUUAAGUUUGUAAUUUUUUAUAGAUUUCCAUUUUUCUCGCCUUAAUUUUUGUUUUGUUUCAUAUAAUCUUCCUAAUUAUUUUGAGUGCGAUUUGUGUGUUGUGAGUUUUACCCAGAAUAAAACGAUUAUUAAAUGAA